GACUGCCGUGUCGUGUGUGUCCAGCUUGAGCUCACAAUUAAACAUUAAAUUGCUUAGUUUAAUAAGGACUUCAGUUUUAACACACGUCGUUUUAUUUAAAUCACAAGUCUGUUUUGGCGUUUUUUCGGGAAUUUUCGCUACGCCUGCUAGUUAGCGUGCUAACUGACAAGACAGGUGUGAAACUCGCAGCUAAUUGUGACUCCAAAAAAGGAAAAUAUAAUACUCGCACAGCAGCCUAAGGUGCCUUUGGAGUGUUUAUGCACCAAAGUGAACUUGUUCCGCGUUACUUCCAUUUUUUUUUUCUGUAGCUGACGACGACACACGGCACCCCUACUGGACUGGACUGUUCUACUUCUCUGAUGUGUGGAUUUGUGGAUCCACACCCUGGACUUUUAAGACAGCUCUCGAGCUCGUCUGAAGCACUUAAGUCUCACUGUGACAUAGACCCCCAACACAUCUGCUCCUAGGACCACCGCUGUUUGGACAAUACGCCCCCCAGAAAGACUACUAUGCCGCUGGGUUUGGGAAGAAGGAAGAAGGCUUCGCCAUUGGUGGAGAAUGAGGAAGCUGAACCCAUCCGCACCGGGCUAAACGUGGAGGGUUUGGACGGAGGGGUCGUGGUGGGCCUCGGUGAGGGCGCCGCCUCAGAGGGGUUGCCUCCCCCGCCAAGCAGCAUGCGGCCACGACUCAUCUUCCAUACGCAACUGGCACACGGAAGCCCCACCGGACGCAUCGAGGGCUUCAGCAACGUGCGGGAGCUCUACGCCAAGAUUGGUGAAGCCUUCGGGAUCCCGUCGGCUGAGGUGAUGUUUUGCACAUUGAACACUCACAAGGUGGACAUGGACAAACUGCUGGGAGGCCAGAUUGGCUUAGAAGACUUUAUAUUUGCCCAUGUUAAAGGCCAAAAGAAGGAAAUUGAAGUGUUCAAAGGGGAAGAUGCGCUUGGCCUCACAAUUACUGACAACGGAGCCGGUUAUGCUUUCAUUAAACGAAUCCGCGAGGGCAGCAUCAUCCAUCAGAUCCAGGUGAUCAACGUGGGCGACAUGAUUGAGUCUAUCAACGGCCAUCGCCUGAUUGGCUGUAGACACUACGAGGUGGCCAAGAUGCUCAAGGAGCUGCCCAAGGGGAAGGAUUUUACCAUCAAGCUGGUGGAGCCGCUCAAAGCCUUUGAUAUGAUAAGUCAGCGGUCCGGGGGUUCCAGGUCAUCGUCAGGUGUCCAGCUGGGCACCGGCAGGGGAACAUUGCGGCUACGCUCCAAGGGUCCAGCUACCGUAGAGGAAGUGCCCUCUGCUUUUGAGGAAAAAGCCAUUGAAAAGGUUGAUGACUUGUUGGAAAGCUACAUGGGCAUCCGAGACAGUGAGCUGGCGGCUACCAUGGUGGAGCUGGGAAAAGACAAAAAGAACCCCGACGAGUUUGCCGAGGCUCUAGAUGAGACGCUGGGUGACUUCGCCUUCCCAGACGAGUUCGUCUUCGACGUGUGGGGCGCCAUCGGGGACGCCAAGGUCGGACGUGUGUGAGCUGCACGGGACAAACCGAACACGAUGGACUUGUAUGUGUGUAUUCACUACUUGGAAACUCUGCACAUUUUUUUUUUUUUUUAAUUCACGAUACUGUAUACUCAUGCUGUUUGUUAUUUUGUCAUUGGGAGAGACUUUCCUGACAAAUAUUCUCAGUGGUGAAAACAAGCAAUGAAGUGUUUAUUUUCCUUUUUUUUUCUUUAAUCUUGUCUUCCUUUGCUUCCCACCCGUGAAGGAAUUUUAAAUACACCUUGGCAAGAGAGAAAAAAUCUUGAGAAAACUUUAACAUUAUUCAGGAUUUUAAAUUAAAGUGCUAAUGUUACAUGAUUAAAAUGUCAUACAUUUUUAGUCGAAGUAUACAGUGGUACCCUGAAUUUAACAAUUUUCAAAAAGCGUUCUACACUAAUGUACUAUAGAAAACAGAAGUAGACAUCUCUUAAGAUACAAGUCAUUUUUCACAGAGGAUAAAGAGUACAUGACUCUGUAUUGUUGAAUGCACUACGUGUCUUGCUGCCAAUUGUGUUCAGAUAGGUGAUAUUCUGACAUUGAUGCCUUUUUUUUGCCCUAUUAACGGCAGUUUAGCUAGUGGCUAAACAAAUUUUAUAUUGAACACUACUUCAUUUCAAGCAAUUCAGUCAUUUCAGGAAUUGUUGACGAUGUGCCAAACUGCUGCUGCUUGUGAACUUCACUGCCACUAUAGCUAGUGCUCGUUAGGCAAAUAUUUGCAAGCAGCUGCUGAUAAAAAGCAAGCCGGAGGAUGUUUUGUAUCUUAAAAAGUUCAUAAAUCGGAUAAUAAGGACUCCUAAUACAAGCGUGACAAGAACGCUUCCUAAGAUGCUGGAAUAUGUUAGCAUGUGAAGGAAUACUUAGUCACAACCUCUGUGGUUUGACCAGAGGAUAAUUUCAUCUAAAAAGUGUAUUCUCUUAAGAUGUGUUAUCCUCGUAGUGUUACCCUUUUUUAAAUAUUGUGUUUAUAUGGCGGAAAACACUCAGGUGACUUGAAGUUCCGCUCUGACACCCCCAAUUUGGCCAACUUUCAAAAUUGUCCGAUAUGCAUGUGUGAUACAUCAUUGGAAAGCUUAAAAUCUCAACUCUCUGGGGGAAGAACAGGAGGGCAUUUUUUAAAAAAAAUAAAAAAACAGCGAAAACCUAUCUGGAGUUGAGAGCAUGAAAGAGCAGAAUUAAAGACGCCAUGACUUUAACGAGAUAUUAUUGCGUACUUGUUUUGAACCAAAAACUCCAUUUAGCAUGUACCACUGAGCGUCAAGACACAGCUGUGAAUGGCCACAGCUGGGAUUUUAUGGGUGAUACACGGUAAUAUAACGAGGGUCGCGAUACAGAAAUAGCAGACAUCAAGGAGUGGUCGAAAUUUUCUUUUUCAUAUAUUUACCCUCUUAAACGUUGUUUUUCCAUUUUUCUUUGUUUGGAUGGAUUAUUUAUCAUCUAACAUAUCAGAGAAAAUGCGACCGUAACAAAAAAAAACAAUCAAGCGAUAGUUUUUGAAGUAGAUAUCCGUGACUUUUUUGCAGACACCAUUUUUUUCAUUGUGACGUAAUUAAAAGUUUAAAAUAUGUGCGUGAAUAAUUUUUAACGUCUUUUUUUUUUUUUUUUUUUUUAAACGAAACAUUUUACAUCAAUUAACGAUUCUAAGCUAAAAAUGACGGACAUUUUGAAAAAUAUAAUUCGUUUUAUGGCUGGGUUGAAACAAAAGCGGUUGCGCGAUGUCUUUAAACUGGGGUUUCCAGGGUAAAAGUGAUCAAUUAAAAAUAGUUUGGGGACUUAUUGCGCCAUGAAUCUUUUGGCAGCAUAUAGACAUAUUGUUCUAUCAAACACAUCAGUUCUUUUCGCUUAAAAUACAGCAGUUUAUUUUAAAGAGCAGAAACUGCUUUUUCUGUUUUGUCUGUGUUUUCCGCCAUAUAUAUAUUUUCACCUUAAUCCUGAAUACAAUGGAUUGGUUUGGAUUUGAUGGUGCAUAAUAGAGAGCCAUCCCACUCGUUGUGAGGGUCCACUGUAAACCUUGAAUACUUUAUCCUCAAAAAUAAAACCAAAUUUAAAAAACAAUUUUUUAGGAUCUGUUAUGGUAAUAGUUCCGCGUGCCACUAAUAUUCCUUUACGGGUAUGAACAUUUUUGUGGGUGGAUGAGCCUGGUGAACAUGCAUGCUGUUGAGGUUCAGCAGCAAAGUUAAUCCUACAGGGGUGAGGAAUCUUUUUUUUUUUUUUUUCUCCCCUAUCAGCGCCAUUUCAGUCCUUCAAGGGCCAAACUUGUCUUAAAUGUUUUUUCUUUGGGUAACGGUUCCUCUGAUGUUUUGUAUUUCAACUUGCAUGGCACACACCUGCACUUAAAGGCUAACACAGAAGUCGAUGUUACAUAGUCGUGGUGACGUUUUCCUUGAUCCAAGACUACAGAGGCUCUGUUGUAUCUGCAUUGUUGUUUUGUACCAAGCCUCUCCACUCGCUGUCUUGCAAGCAUGUUUUUUUUUUUCUUCAAAGCUGCUGUCUGCUGUAUUUUACUUGCAGAGGAAACAAGUGAAGUGUCAAAAAGGUCGUUGUGUAAAUUAUAGCUUGCCUAGUAGUGUUAUAUUAGCACAUUCCAUGCUGUCAUCAAGGUGACUGCAGUUUUAGUUUCGGUAGCUAACUUAUAUAGACACUACAUGUUAAAAAGAGGUAGUGUUAGGUUUUCUAAUUUGUUUUUUGGGGAUGGAUGCAGUUAAGUUCCCAUGCAUUUUUUUUCUUUUUAUGCUAGCGUUUUCUUAAAAGUGUUAUGUUUGGAAGGAGGUGGUGUGUUGUCUAAACAUGAACCAAUGUUGUGGAGGUAAAGGAUUUUUUUUUUUUUUUUUCCAUCCAUAUUUGCCAUUGACAGUGAUAGAUGUUCAUUCCAUUUUGAUUGGGAGAGGCUGCCUCCCUGUCAAAAUAAAUGAUGUACUGUCGCUAGAAACUAUUCCUGCCAUUGCUUCUUACUGUUUGGAGCAAAAGAUGUUGUUCAUUGUGGGCAGCAUAUUUGAACGCUGAAGCAGAAUUCUGCAGCUAUUUUGUCAUUUACCCUUUGGAGAUGAUGUUACUGAACACUGACAACCAAUGUGACUUUGACACUGUUCAUGUCCAAUUAUAAUGCAGUUCUAAUCAAAA